UAAUAAAUGUAGAAUCCAAAACCGAGCAGGCUAUGUGAAUCGCGCCAGAACAAAAUUGAUCUUAUUUAGGUCCGCUCGCCAAUCGGAAUCUGGAUCCAGGAUGUUGCACAGCAGCUACAAUCGGGCGCCACGCCGCAAGCUCAUCCCGAAUCUGUUCAGCAUCAUCCUGCAGGUGGUGGCCGAUGCGGCGCGUCCAUUGACCGAGCACGAGAUCGUCGAGGCUGUCUCCAAGAAGAUGGAACGCUCCGACGAGGAGCUGAAGCGCCAGAUAACGGUCAGCCUGCACGACGCCCUUAUUUAUGGCUAUCUCCGCGUGAAGAACUUUCGUUAUUCCAUCGUCUCCAGCCGUCUGGAUCCAAGCUCUCAUCGAAGCUCCAGGAAUAGAUCCGAGGCCCACGGGCCGAGCUCCUCAAUGGCCGCCGGCACGUCGGAUCAUCACCGAUCGGACGACAGGCUGUCGAGUGCCAACGACGACGAGGACAUAAAUGACGAAGACCGUAUCGACGAUGAGGACUACGAGGACGAGGAUGAUGACGAGGGCCAAGUUCACGAGCAGGAUCAUACCAGGGCAGAGCCAGAGAAGCAAACAAAUUGAAUUUCGCUGAGCAAAAUUAUUUAUGGCUCAACAGUCAAGUGAUUAACUCUCGAGUUCUUAGAAUUUGACAGAGCUUAUGCGUACUGCAAACUACAUAUAUAAAAUAAAAUACUGGCAAUUAAGAACCAAAAUAUA